ACCAAUACACCAUGGAAGACAAUAACAUCGAGUCGACACUACGACUGCUCGAGAAGCGAGAUGCUUCGACAAAUGCACAUUUACAACUCGUACGGGCCACGGAUUGGCAACAAUACUCUGUCGGUCCCAUAUCAACCUGGCCUCGAGAAUUAUCAACCAUUAUCUACCUUCUGAUGGUGGCAACCCAACCCCAGUGCUUGGUGCUUGGGGAUGAAAACCUAUUACUAUACAAUCAAGCUUAUGGCAGAAUGGUCCGAGAUCUCCACCCCAAGAUCUUCGGUCAGCCUUUGGACAGUGUAGAGGAAUGGCAGAGUUACAGAGCCCAGAUGGCCGCACACAGACGAAGUGCUGUCACCUCGCUGCCUACGCAUGCCUGUCCUUCCUUUGUCAUACCCAUGCUAAAUCAGGGCCGAUUGGAAAAUGUUCACCUACAGCUCGACAUCGCAACAUUACCACCACCAGUCAAAGGCUUUCACUUGUGCUUUGAGGAGACUACAGACUGCGACUUGCGCGAGCGUAGGCGGUCUACCGUGCGUGAAUUGUCCGAACUUUGGAGUUCAGCGAGUGAUCUUCCCUCGUUAUGGCGACUCAUAUUGGAAAGCCUCUCCGAAAAUCCCGAAGAUUUUCCCAUGGCCGCUGUGUACUCUACGAGAACAUCUCCAGACUUAUGCUGUGAACAAGGAGGUGGUUCUGAAAAAGAACUCUACCAUCUUGAGGGCUCUGUUGGCGACUUUGACGACGGCGCUUUCCCACCCACAUUCGACAUGUCUUCGACAGAUCCGAGUUUGGAACCUCUCAAACAAGCCAUUACGUCAAAAGAACAGAUCGUCAUCAACCAGUUACCUGAUAAAUGGGCCAGGGGCUCAUUACAACGCGGCACUCGCGAUAUUUGCAAAGAAGCCGCUGCCCUACCGAGUAGCUUUACACGUCACCAAGAUGCAGAAGCCUUGCUCGUUAUUGGCCUACCCACCAGAACACUCCUCGACGAACCCCAUCAACAACACCUCAGGCAGGUUCAGAGUGAGUUUGCUCAUGCUGUGAAUACUUUGGUCACAACCAUUGAGGCGACAUAUCGGAGAAAAGAGAAUGCCAGGCAAAACCAACUGGAAAAGGAUUUGCUUGCUAAAGAGCUUGCCCUUCGGCAAAAAGAGGCAGAAAUUGCGACUACUUUGGCCGUCAAGGUUCUUACCGUGAUAGAUGAGGUUGACACAGGGGAGUUGGUGCGAGCAAACGAGUGCUAUUAUCGACUAAGUGGAUACCCUCGAGACUGCCCAGCCCACGUCAAACACAAGUUUCUCGACCUUAUCUAUCCAGCAGACGUGGACAUGGUCUCUCAUGCAUGGCACUCCAUGAUCAAUGGUGAAUGGCAGAAGUUCGAAUUAAGGUAUCUUAACGGCACUGAACACGGUCAAUGGGCUCUUGUAGCCUGUCAGCCAGUCAAGGACAGUAAUGGAGUCGUCACCUCGAUUAUUGGUGCAGUCACCGACAUUUCGACUCAAAAACGAAGCGAGAAGAUCGCUCUCGACCGCGCCGAAGCACUGGAACAAGCCAGAGUCAGUGAAGAGAGAUUCAAGCGAUGCAUGGAAAUUGCUCCUUUUGGAUGCAUGAUCGCCGAUCCCCAAAAAGGAGUUCANAGUAAUGUGACAACGCUGAGACUGAAAUCAUCAGACGCAAACGAGACAUGGUGGGAGUUGUCACAACACACUCGUGUACCGCUAGAUCAGAUCGACUGGAAUUCUUGUCUCCAUGAAGAUGACAUAGAAGUUGCAGAACAGGGUUGGCAGAGGCUUUGGUACGAUGGCGACGGCGAACCCCGAGGGCCUGCCGAGCUAAUGGUUACUGCACUACCUGAAUGCGAUGAUAGUGGUAAGGUCAUCAGAGUCUUAGGAUUCACCGUCGAUGUAAGUUUGACCGUUGGUAGAGAUGUCACGACCAGUGCUGGCGGCUUGUCUCAUUUUGAACGCAUUGUCCAACCAGCGAUGAGUGGUUCAAUCAAACUCCGCCCAGGACAGGAAUCUACAGAUCUGAGCUCGUUCUUCCAGUAUAAUCAUGGCGUUUCUACUUCCCGUUUCNGUGUCCCAUCUGAAGUUCCAAGCAAGAAUGCAACUCGAAGCGCGGAAGAACCAAGAGAUGUUUUACGACACAGUCUGCCACGAAAUUCGAAAUCCUUUAUCAGCNNUGUCAUCCAUUGCACGGACUCUAUCAACGACAAUCUUAUUGAGAUGCGUAAACUGGUCAACAGCCUCGCUUCUCUAGAGACAAAAGGUUCUUCCGUUGUAGACGAAAAGAUCAACUAUCUUCUGGACCACAUAUCAAGCAGCAACGAAUCUGUAGAGACAAUCACCCACUGUUCUGAGCACCAGCGGCGUCUUAUCUCGGAUAUUCUGUCGCUCUCAAAGCUCGAUUCUCAGCUGCUCCAGAUCAACCCUUCACCGAUCCUUGCCACAAGUCUGCUAGAAAAUGUUCGCAAUAUGUUCGAGACUGAAGCAAAAAGAGAAGGAAUCAUGUUGGAAGUCAUCGUCGAUUCUUCAAUCACGGAGAACAAGGUGGACCAAGUCAACCUGGACUCUGGAAGAACUCUACAAGUCCUUAUAAACUUGGUCUCCAACGCCAUAAAGUUCACGAAAAACGAGCCGGAAUUUCGUCGAAUCAAGGUCGUUAUGGGCGCUUCUAAUGUCAGGCCACUGGAUCUGCCGGUCGACUCGUUCCACCACCCAGAAUCGAUAUAUGACACGUCUUCUGAAGUUCAGGAAGAGUUUUAUCUAUGGUUUACGGUCACCGAUUCUGGGAGGGGUCUCUCUGCUGAGGAGAAAGCUCGCAUUUUCACCAGGUUUGCCCAAGGUUCUCGUAAGACCUAUAGCGAAUACGGUGGUUCUGGCUUGGGUUUGUUCAUCUCCAGACAGCUUGUCGAAUUGAUGAACGGACAAAUUGGUGUUUCAGCCGAGCUUGGACAGGGAAGCACAUUCGCUUUCUUUGUUAAUGCACCGCCCGUUCAGCAAAUCCUGCAGGUGGACUCGAAUUUAAGCCAUCAAUCCAAGGCCGAUUCUGCUAUACAUAUUCAGAUAACGCAGACACCGGAGCCAUGNCAAAAGACGACACUACUUGUUGUUGAAGAUAAUCUCCUCAACCAAAGAGUGCUCAAGAAGCAGCUCGUCAGGCACGGUUACGAAGUACAUGUGGCCAGCAACGGUCAAGAGGCCCUCGAUUUUCUCACAAAUCCAGCCCAGGAAGUCCAAAUUGACUGUAUCUUGAUGGACGUAGUCAUGCCCGUCAUGGAUGGUCUGACCGCAGCAAGACGGAUCAGAGAGUGGGAGAAAAACAUCAACCUCAUCAGUAACAAUUGCACCAUCAAGUCCAGACCACGAUUCUCAAGAGGAAGCAGUUCCACUUCCGUCAAAAGCGAUUGGAGUAGCAAUACCAAGGAGACCAGUAGCAUUGCUUGCAGCAAGGUCCCUAUAAUCGCCAUUAGCGCCAAUGCGAGACCCGAACAGACUAACGAUGCCAUCAUGGCAGGAAUGGAUGAUUCCAUAGCCAAGCCCUUUAAAGUUGUUGACUUGGUUCGUCGGGUUGACCAUUUGCUGGAGGGUUCGCGA